AUGACCGAUAAAGAUGCUGGCACCCCGCGUGUCUUUCUUUACAGACACGGUGAAACUGAAUGGUCCAAAAAUGGCCGCUACACUGGCACGACCGAACUCGAGCUCACUGCCCACGGCGAAGCCCAAGUUCUCGCUUCAGGCGCCAUAAUCGUAGGACCAGGCAAACUCGUGGACCCAACGAAACUCGCCCACGUCUUCGUCAGCCCCAGACGGCGUGCGCAGAAAACGUUCGAGCUAGCAUUCGGCGAGCACGGUAAGCAGCUAGAGCAAGAGGGAAAGGUGAGUGAGACGGACAGGUUGGCGGAGUGGGGCUACGGAUUGUAUGAGGGGCUGAAGACGCAUGAGAUCAGGGAGGGGAGAGAGAGUAGGGGGUUGGAUGGAACGGGGUGGGAUAUUUGGAGGGAUGGGUGCGAAGGGGGAGAGUCUGCGCAGCAGGUUACGGAGAGGCUGGAUGAUCUGAUCAAGGAGAUUCACAGUUUUCAGGCUGCGAAUAUGCAUGGGGAGAAGGCGUGUGAUGUCGUACUCGUAGCGCAUGGGCAUUUGCUGAGGGCGUUCACGAAGAGGUGGUUGAAGUAUCCGAUGGAGUUUCCCCUUUCGAUGAUGUUGGAGCCAGGGGCUGUGGGUGUAUUGAGCUAUCAACAUCACAACAUCGAGGAGCCUGCUUUCUUGAUUGGCUUUGGCUUCCCGAUUCAUGAGUAG